CAUCUUGGUUAUCGCCGGCGUUUCUCAGCCGCGUCUAAAGUCCGAGUUCACUGACUUGAGUUCAACGGGGCGACUGUCAUCUGCGACUGGAAAGGUUUUUCUCCAUCCAAGUGGCUGUUUCAUCAGUCGUGUUUGCGUGUCACAAGACAUUGAAGACAGUAUCGGCUGCAUCACGCACAAUGGCGCAGUCGUCGCAUUUGUUUAACGCGCUGCCAAUCGAGCUCCUUGUAUUUGUCAUCGACAAUCUUGACCGCGUCGAGGACAUUGCAGCACUCGCGUUGAUGAACCGACGGCUGUACGGCACCGCGAACCCUUACCUCUACCGGCGCGCAGCUCAAUGCAACGAUGGCCGCCCGCUGGCCUGGGCUGCCAACCGCGGCCUGGUGUCAACGCUAAGGAUGGCGCUUGCAGCUGGUCUUGACCCCAACUAUGAGUUUAUCGAGCAUCUGUCGGCAGAGGAAUGGGAAAAAGUAACCGCAGCCGCCCGGGCCGAUGCCGCGGCCGGCCGACCCAAGCAGCUGUGGGCGAUGUGGGACUACAACAACCGGCCAAGACCCGAGACCGACUGGUCCCGCGAACCGGCCGGCGACUCGAGCACGCCGGCGGCCACCUCAACCAUCGCCCCGUCGCCCCGUGCUCCUAGUGCAUCGGACCAAGAUUCGGUUGUGUCAUCCGAGGAGGAUCUGUCCCAGCGCAGCGAUGCGACGCCGGCCACCGAGCCCUCUCCCACGCCGACCCCACACACCUUACGGCGCCGCUACCAUGCUAUCCACCUGGCCGCGCGAGGCGGCCAUAACGACAUCAUUGACAUGAUCCUCCGUCACGGCGCGCGCAUUGACAUCUCAUCCGAAAGCUUCUGCGCCUGCCUGCAGCUCAAGGGCCUCCUCAACGCCUUGGAACACCCGGACCCGGAGCCUGACCAGCCCAUGUGGACACCUCUGCACGUCGCCAUCUGCCAUUCGCAGACCGAAACCGCCAAGCUCCUCCUCUCGCACGACGCCUCCCCAUGGAUGGAAUCGCUCCGAACCAAGGCCGACUAUGACGCCCACAGCCUCACCUCAGGUCACGGCUCAACCGCGCUGCACCACGCAGCCGGCAUGGGCCUGACCGACCUUGUCCGGCACAUCGUCGACAACGACAUCUGGCCCCCCGUCAACGUUCCUGACGAGUGCAGUCUCACCCCUUUUUACCACGCCUACGCCAGCCGCCGUUGGGACUCGACGGUGCCCCUCCUCCUCUCCCUAGGCGCCAACAUCAAUUGCCAGACCAAAAUGUACAUCCCCUACACCACCAUCACCACGCUCGGCGAAGCGUGCCGGCUGGGCGACUUUGACGCGGCCGACCGGCUGAUCGAGCUGGGCGCGGACGUAACCAAAGGCUUCGUGGCGCCGGGCAAGACGGGGUGCCUGACGCCGCUGCACAUGUGCUGCAUGCGGUCGGCGCAGCCGGCCGGCGAGCCCGUUGAAAAAGGCGACGACGACGAUGCGAGGGGGAAGGCGCGCAUGAGGACCAUCGAGAAGCUCAUUGCGCGGGGUGCGUCGCUCGACGCGAGAGAUUGCUUUGGGAGUACCCCGCUCAUGGCCGCGGUGCAGUCGUGUAAUAUAUUUGCCCUCGAGGCGCUGAGCAUUGCUGGUGUGGAGGCGGAUGGGGAUGGUGCUGGUGGUCAUGUUGCCAAGAAAGACGAUGGCCUGAAACCUCGGGAAGAUCAGAAGGUUGAGGAGCGAGAGGCCGCAGUCUCGGCGUCUUAAAUUGGGCCGAACUGGGUAUGUGGUCGCUGUGUAAAGUUUGGCCGUCUAAAGUACUAGUCCGGAAUAUCACACACAGCGGCCACAGGCCGAUGUAAACACCGAACGUCAUGUAUGCGCGCCGCUCUUUGUUCUUAGUUCACACUGCUCAAGUCCGAUGAUCAGUCCACCAAAC